AUGUUUAGAUUUGGAGAGUGUUUUGAAGGUGAUUUGAUAAAGAGCUUGCCAGGACAACCAAUUGUUAAUUUUAAACAAUAUGGAGGUUAUAUUACCAUUGAUGAACUACAAAGUAGGUCUCUUUUUUACUACUUUGUUGAGGCCCAAUCUGACCCCUCUUCAAAGCCUCUUGUUCUUUGGUUAAAUGGAGGUCCUGGUUGUUCAUCACUUGGAGCAGGAGCUUUUGUUGAGAAUGGUCCUUUUAGACCAAAAGGAAAUGUUUUGAUUCUCAAUGAAUUUAGUUGGAACAAUGUGGCGAAUGUACUGUAUCUUGAAUCUCCGGCCGGAGUUGGUUUCUCAUUUUCCAAGAAUACCACAUUCUACGACACGGUUAAUGACAAAAUCACCGCACAAGACAAUAUUGUUUUCUUGGAACGAUGGUUGGAAAAAUUUCCAGAAUAUAAAAACAAAGAAUUCUACAUAACUGGAGAAAGCUAUGCUGGUCAUUAUGUUCCACAACUUGCAAGACUUAUUGUUCAAUCCAAACUUAACAUUAAACUCAAAGCAAUUGCUAUUGGGAACCCAUUAUUGGAAUUCAACACAGAUUUCAAUUCAAGAGGAAAAUAUUUGUGGUCGCAUGGAGUAAUAUCUGAGUCCACAUUUGAGCUUCUGAAUUCUGUUUGUAGCAUUUCUCAAAUGAUAAGAGAAUCUAUCAAUGGGGAGAUUUCAGAUGCAUGUUUUAGUAUCAAUGAUUUGGUUUCUCAAGAGAUGUCUCCUUUUAUAAAUGGAUAUGCCAUCAAUCUUGAUGUUUGUUCGAGUGUGUUGUCCUUUGAUCGUCGUUUGGGAGAUGCAGGAAAAGUAGAUGUUUGUAUAGUGAAUGAGAUAGAAGCAUAUCUAAAUAGAGUGGAUGUUCAACAAGCUCUUCAUGCUCAAUUGGUUGGAGUUUCUUCUUGGUCCCUUUGCAGCGAUAUUUUGGAUUACGAUAGGACCAAUUUAUUUAUACCAACCAUUAAUAUCGUGGGUUCACUUGUGCAUUCUGGAAUAAGAGUUUUGGUCUACAGUGGAGAUCAAGAUUCAGUAAUUCCAUUACUUGGAACUCGAACUUUGGUUAAUAAAUUAGCAAAAGCUUUGAGAUUGAACACCACACUCCCUUACUCAGCUUGGUUUCAUAAUCAUCAGGUUGGAGGAUGGGUAGAAACAUUUGGAGAGAAGAACAAUCUGUCAUUUGCAACCAUUAGAGGAGCUGCUCAUCAAGCUCCAUAUACUUCACCAGCAACCUCUUUAGCACUUUUUACUGCUUUCCUACAAGCUAAAAACCCUUGAAUAAUCAAUACACACAUUACUGUUAUUAUUACUACUAAUCUUUAAUUUUGUGUGUGUGUGCUUUCAUUUUUCAAUAACUAAGCAUAUAACUAAUAUGCUUCAACUUUCCCCACCUACCGUUAUGGAUAUUUUUAUUUAAUUUACCUAUUUGUAACUCAUAUAUCAACAAUAUAUAUACAUAGUGGAUUUUUCUUUCC